AUGUCUUGUUCUGCUCAGACGCCCUGCGUCCAAAAGCAAGACCAACAGCAGGAUCAGCAGGUGUACACCUCGGUCAAGGACUAUUACGGCAAGGUUCUCCAGACGACAAACGAUUUGAAGACCAGCGCCUGCACGGGUAGCUCUAAACCGCACCCCAUUGUCUGCCGCCUUCUGAGAACCCUGCCCCAGGCCGUCACCGACAAGUUCUACGGCUGCGGCAAUCCGCUCCCGCUCGGCAUCACAGGCAAGGACGUGCUCGACCUAGGCUCUGGCAGCGGCCGUGACUGUUACGUGGCCGCCGCAUUGGUCGGCCCCCAGGGCUCUGUCACAGGCGUUGACAUGACUGACGAGCAGCUGCAGACCGCCCGCGAAAACAUUGACGCCUUUGGCCAGACACUCGGCUAUCAGCCCAACCUCAAGUUCCUCACCGGGUACAUCGAGGCGCUGGAGGACGCUGGCGUGGCCAAUGAGUCCAAGGACAUUUGCAUUUCCAACUGCGUUGUCAACCUGUCGCCCAACAAGCCGCAGGUCCUAGCGGGUGUUUACACAGCGUUGCGCUCGGGCGGUGAGUUCCAUUUUUCCGACAUGUACUCGGACAGAACGGUCCCUGAGUCCGUGCGUCAGCACGAGGAGCUCCACGGCGAGGGCCUUACCGGCGCUUUGUUUGCGAACGAGUUCGAGCGCAUUGUUAAGAAAAUUGGCUUUGUGUCUCCGCGCGUUCUGAGCAUCAGGCACAUUAGCAUUUUCGACGAGCAGUUCAAGCAGCUGGUUGGCGACACGAACUACUUUUCUAUCACCUACCGUCUGUUCAAGGUACGUAGCGCAAUCGGUGAGGCUGACUGCACGGCGACGUACUUGGGCACUGUCGAGGGCCAUGAGGAGCGCUACUUGCUGGAUAUUGACAAUUCGUUUGACACGAAUGUGCCCAGAAGGGUGAGCGCCAACACUGCUACUAUUUUGAAGGAGUCUUGGCUGGCCAAAUAUUUUGCUGUUGAAAGCGUUGUUGACAAUAACAGUGAUUCGCAGACGAUUGCCGCAAAGAGGACACCAUCAGAGUGCCUGAUGAAGAGCGCGCUGCAGGCUGAGUGCUCGUCGUCAGCGCUAAAGUCCUGCUCAAAAUAA